GAACGGACUCCGUUGCUCCCAUGAAGAGACGUCUCCUAGUUGAUAUAGGGCCCCCGACAUUCGCCAUUAGCCGACUCAAGGCCGCGACUUCAGCUGCAAUUGAGAGGAUGGCCCCCUUCUGAUUUAACCAUCGCACUGUCUUACCUUGUAAGAUCAAAAUAUUAAUUCAGUUUUUAGCUAAAGAAAUCCUAUCUAUCAGACUGAGAAUUUAGUUCAACUGCUAAGGCCCCAUGAUCGGUGUAAGAGCAAAUUUCAUCAUUGUAAAGACGGUGUAAGGGAUAAUGUCAUGAUAUAUCGAAGCCCUUCAAUCAGCAUAACAUAUCACAGAGAAUUUUGCCGACAACGAGGUGGAAUAGUAGACAGAAUGUAGCCCUGGCGGUCUCCGCUUUGCAAUUUAAUUUUCUUCUCAAUAGGAUUUCAUUGAUAAUAAAUUACUAGUUUCUCCGCAUCUCUUGCACACGCUCCCUGCUCUAGAACAAAAUCCCACCUGUUCUCUGUCGAUCAAGUUUUCGAGGUCUUUCUUGAUUUGUUUCAGGAUUAUCUUAGCUACAAUAUUGCUAAUAGCUGGGAACAUACAAAGAACCCUUCAUGCCCAAGACGGGCGCCUUUCCUGCCAACGAUGCCCCCAAAAACCUCAUUGUAUGAGAGGCCACAUUGCCAAAGGAAAACGACAACAUGUCGUCGAUGGGCAUGUGUGGUUGACGGGGGUUAUAUACGGCAACGUAAUCAUUGUUAUUUGUAGCAGCUUUUGCUUCUCUGGUCAACACAAUGGUGGACUUCAUUUUGUCAACGCGCACAGUACAUUAGCUGCGUUCGGGCACUCACGGUGUGCACGGGCGCCGAGGGCGAUCAAAGUCGUUUCAUUUGGUAGCGAGCGAAACGGGCUUGAGGGCUUUGCGAGCGUUGAACUGUCAAAACGGAAUUUUGAGGAGCAAUCUCCACCUUUGGGUAUCGAAAAGAAUUAACUCCGGUUUGAUAUUUCGUCUCAAUGUUUUUGAACUAACGGCAAACCAGCUUCUUAUGUUCAUCAUUCUGUUUUCACAUUGUCGUGGUGGACCAAGUUUGGUAAUAUCCUUUUGCGUACAACUGAGGACGAGUUGAGCAGAACAUUACUUUUUUGGUGUCCAAGCUUUUUACAAGCAACAUGUGGAGCCAUUGCGUGCGUUUUUCUCCUACCUUUACCGAAGGGGGGCCAAAUAUUAAUGGAAGGAAAAGUGGCAGCUGUUGUGCACUUUCUUGGUAUGCAAGAAAUGAUGGAGUGUAUCACUGAGUGUAAUAACCACUCCAUAAAUGCAGGGUUUUCAAUAUUAAAUUUUGAGUUCUAACUGCUUGAGAAUGAGAAACACCCUCGAAUUACGAAUCAGAAUUAAUUAAUGAUCGA